AUGCAGUGCCUACGGCCAUUAACACGACGAAUCCCCAUCCAUUUACGACCUCAUCACCUCCGAGCAUUCUCUUCCGCUGUUGAUCCAGCUGCCAGCAAGGAUCACCAACAUCAUGCCACCAACAACUUCGUGAAGAUUGUGGAGGUAGGCCCACGAGAUGGUCUGCAGAACGAAAAGAGGACGAUUCCCUUGACUACAAAGAUAGAAUUGAUUUCGAAAUUGGCUAGGACCGGUCUGACGGACAUCGAAGCUGGAUCUUUCGUUGCUCCUAAGUGGGUUCCGCAGAUGGCAGACUCGAAUGAAAUCCUCGAAUACCUUCUGAAAUAUCCUCCAACGUCUUUGAACCCGAUAUCAUACUCAUUCCUCGCACCGAACGCUCGUGGACUCGAUAAUGCCCUCUCCAUCCUCCGAUCGAAUCCAAAGACGUACCAGACCUUCUCCGAGCAAUCAUCUCCAUAUGAGCCAGAUGAGUCUGGUAUAUCGAACGAAUCGGCAUCGGAUCCCAAUACUGCCCCACCCUUCGUCGAAAUGUCUGUGUUUGCAGCGGCAACAGAAUCGUUCUCUCAGAAGAAUUUGAACUGCAGCAUAGACGCCUCGCUUGAGAAGUUCAAAGAGGUAAUUGUCGGCGCAAAGGCAAUGGGCCUACGAGUAAGGGCAUACAUAUCUGUGGUUCUUGGUUGCCCAUUCGAAGGCUAUGACGUUGAUCCUCGAAAAGUGGCAGAGAUUGCUUGUGAUUUGAUGGAGAUGGGGGCUGAUGAGAUUGACCUCGGUGAUACCACCGGAAUGGGUACCGCUCCGCGUACAGCUGAGUUACUACAUGCCAUGCAAGCUGCAGGAAUACGAAAUGAGGAUUUGACGAUGCAUUUUCACGAUACAUACGGCCAAGCGUUAGUCAAUACUGCUAUUAGUCUAGAGCAUGGCAUUCGAAGAUUCGAUGCUAGUGUAGGUGGUCUUGGCGGAUGUCCGUACAGUCCAGGAGCCACUGGCAACGUCAGUACUGAAGAUAUUGUCUACUUCAUGGAAAGCUUGGGCAUGGAUACUGGGCUUGACCUCGAUACACUGUGCGAUAUUGGAGACUGGAUCACCAAGGAGAUUGGAAAGACGAACUCGAGUAGCGUAGGGAAAGCUAUUCUAGGGAAACGACAAAAAGCUUGA